UAGCUGCUCUCGUGUUUAAGCUACUCUGCUCGCGUGUCUUUAUCAGGGGAUCCACGCUUAUGUUACCUGUCAGGCCUGACUCCCCACAUCCAGAAGUGUGACCGGCGCACACGACUGUGUGUACGUGUAUGUGUGUGUGUGUGAAUACAGGCGCGUGAGUUAAAUGUUAAAUGUGUGUGCCGUGAAAAACAGCUGGCUGCUAGUUAGCUAGCAAACUGUAGCCUCUGCAGAGCGGUGGAGCUGCAGAUCAAAUCCGCGCAGCAGCUCUGAGAGGAUGACUCACGACUGAAUGUGAGCAGUGAGGAUGAGGAGCCGCAGUAACUCUGGAGUGAGGCUGGAUGGUUAUGCCAGGCUGGUCCAAGAGACUAUCCUGCGCCACCAGAACCCAGUGACAGGACUCCUGCCCGCCAGUGCCCAGAAGAAAGACGCUUGGGUGAGAGAUAAUGUGUACAGCGUCCUGGCCGUGUGGGGGCUGGGCAUGGCCUACCGCAAGAACGCAGACCGCGAUGAAGACAAGGCCAAGGCCUACGAACUGGAGCAGAGUGUGGUGAAACUGAUGCAGGGACUUCUGCAGUGCAUGAUGAGACAGGUGGCCAAGGUGGAGAAGUUCAAACACACCCAGAGUACAAAAGAUUGCCUGCAUGCUAAAUACGAUACUCCUACCUGUGCCACGGUGGUCGGGGACGACCAGUGGGGUCAUCUCCAGGUGGACGCCACGUCCAUUUACCUGCUGAUGCUGGCACAGAUGACAGCGUCAGGUCUACGCAUCAUCUCAAACCUUGAUGAGGUGGCCUUUAUCCAAAAUUUGGUCUUCUACAUUGAGGCUGCCUACAAAGUGGCGGAUUAUGGGAUGUGGGAGCGAGGUGACAAGACGAACCAGGGCAUCCCUGAGCUCAACGGCAGCUCUGUAGGAAUUGCGAAGGCAGCUCUAGAGGCCAUAGAUGAGCUGGAUCUUUUCGGAGCCCACGGCGGUCCGAAGUCAGUCAUCCAUGUGUUGCCGGAUGAAGUGGAACAUUGUCAGUCCAUCCUGUGCUCCAUGCUGCCAAGAGCUUCCACUUCAAAGGAGAUCGACGCCGGCCUUCUGUCUGUUAUCUCCUUCCCUGCUUUUGCUGUUGAGGACCCUGACCUGGUGGCAAUCACUAAGUCUGAAAUCAUAAGUAAACUGCAGGGUCGAUACGGCUGCUGCCGCUUCAUCAGAGAUGGAUAUCGUUGCCCCAGAGAGGACCCAUCUCGGCUGCACUACGAUCCUGCAGAGCUCAAGCUGUUUGAGAAUAUUGAAUGUGAGUGGCCCGUGUUCUGGACUUAUCUCAUCCUGGAUGGCAUCUUUGCUGGAGAUCAAGUGCAGGUGCAGGAGUACCGUGAGGCACUGGAGGGCAUUUUGAUCAGGGGGAAGAACGGCAUCAAACUGUUGCCCGAACUUUACGCUGUUCCCCGUGACAAGGUGGAGGAGGAGUACAGCAAUCCUCACUCAGUGGACAGAGUGGCCAUGGGACAGCUGCCGCACAUGUGGGGACAGUCACUCUACAUCUUGAGCUGCCUUUUGGCCGAGGGUUUUUUAGCCCCAGGAGAGAUCGAUCCUCUCAACAGGAGAUUCUCUACGACCUUCAAGCCAGAUGUUGUGGUACAAGUUUGUGUCCUAGCCGAGUCGGAGGAGAUCCAGGAGUUGUUGAGUGAUUAUGGGGUCGCAGUCCAGACAAUCUCAGAAGUUCUGCCCAUCAGGGUCAUGCCUGCUCGCAUCCUGAGCCACGUCUAUGUCAGACUGGGGAACUGCAAGAAACUGAAUUUGAGCGGGAGGCCCUACAGACACAUCGGAGUUCUGGGAACAUCCAAAUUCUACGAGAUCAGAAAUCGCUCUUAUAUAUUCACACCCCAGUUUCUGGAUCAGCAUCAUUUCUACCUGGCUCUGGACAACCAGAUGAUUGUGGAAAUGUUACGGACAGAGCUGGCCUAUCUCUCCUCCUGCUGGAGGAUGACAGGACGGCCCACACUCACCUUCCCCAUCACCCGCAGCAUGCUGGUUGAAGAUGGAGAUGUGAUUGAUCCGUGUAUCCUAUCAACCCUCAGGAAGCUACAGGAUGGCUACUUUGCUGGAGCGAGAGUGCAGAUGUCAGACCUCUCCAGUGUCCAGACCACUUCCUUCCAUACUCACCUCAGCUUCCUGGAUGAAGAGAAUGAUGACAGCUUACCUGAGGAUGAUGAUGAUGAUGAUGAUGAUGAAUAUGGAGAGCAAUAUAACUCCUAUGGGCCCUCAGACAGCUCAAAAGACAUGUUCGACCAGUACCUCACCCAGCUGCUUCACAGCACCACCACUAAGUGCCAUCUUCCUCCCAUCCAGACAGGGCAGCACCACGUGUUCAGUGCUGAACACACCACCAGAGACAUCCUGUCUUUCAUGGCUCAGGUCCAGGGCCUGAACAUCCCCAAGUCUUCCAUGUAUCUCCCUGUGACUCCUGUUAAGAGCAAACGCCGCAAAGCUCUUAACCUACUUGAAGUCCCUCCUCAUCCUCAACAUGCAAAGCAGCACAAGCCCCACAGUGCUGCUGAUCUGCACCUGCCUCGAGACUCUCAGGGCAACAUGGAUUUUGCAGCUUUGGUGAGGCAGCUGAAAGAGUGUCCGACUCUGCAGGACCAAGCCGAUAUACUCUACAUCCUUUAUGUCAUGAAAGGAGCUGAUUGGCUGGUGGAGUUGUCAGGUCCCGGGCAGGGCGGGGUCAGUGUGCGUUCCCUGCUGGAGGAGCUAUAUGUACAAGCUGGAGCCUGCAAAGAGUGGGGACUCAUCAGAUACAUCUCUGGGAUACUACGCAAGAGAGUGGAGGUCCUCGCUGAGGCCUGCACAGAUCUGAUUUCCCAUCACAAGCAGCUGACUGUAGGUCUGCCUCCUGAGCCCAGAGAACAAGUCAUCACAGUUCCACUUCCUCCCGAGGAGCUGAACACUCUAAUCUACGAGGCCAGCGGUCAGGACAUCAGUGUGGCUGUACUCACACAGGAAAUCAUGGUCUAUCUCGCCAUGUACGUGCGCUCCCAGCCUGCUCUGUUUGGGGACAUGCUGCGGCUCAGGAUAGGACUCAUCAUGCAAGUGAUGGCCACUGAGCUGGCACGCAGUCUGCACUGCUCCGGGGAGGAGGCGUCUGAGAGCUUGAUGAGCCUGAGUCCUUUUGGCAUGAAAAACCUGCUGCAUCACAUCCUCAGUGGCAAAGAGUUUGGAGUUGAGAGGAGCAUGCGCCCAAUCCAGUCAACAGCCACCAGUCCUGCCAUCUCCAUCCACGAACUCGGUCACACCGGAGCCACCAAGACCGAACGCUCAGGAAUACACAAGCUGAAGAGUGAGAUAAAACAGCUGGAUGACUCUCGUCCUCUCAGUAUCCUCAGCGGUGGUGUUUCCUUGAGUAGCAAUGUCACUUCUCCUCGCUCCACGCGCUGCAGCAGCCCCUCCACCCCGAGCGGGAUCCUGUCCCCAGUGGGCACUGGUCCAGGAGAUGGACAGCUGCACUGGGAGGACAGGCAAGGCCAGUGGCUGAGGAGACGCAGGCUGGAUGGAGCUAUCAACAGAGUGCCGAUGGGUUUCUACCAGAAGGUGUGGAAGAUCCUGCAGAAGUGCCACGGCCUGUCCAUCGAUGGCUAUGUGCUGCCGUCAUCUACCACCAGAGAGAUGACAGAGGGAGAGAUCAAGUUUGCAGUGCAGGUGGAGUCUGUCCUGAACCACGUCCCUCAGCCAGAGUACCGGCAGCUGCUAGUGGAGACUGUGAUGGUUAUCGGCCUGGUAGCUGAUGUGGACGUGGACAGCAUCGGUGGCAUUAUCCACGUGGACCACAUCCUACAUCUGGCCAAUGAUCUAUUCCUUAACGACCAGAAGUCCCUCAGUGCCAGUGAUUAUUUCCUCGAGAAGGACCCAGCGACCGGAAUCUGCAACUUUUUCUACGAUAGCGCCCCCAGUGGCAGCUAUGGCACCAUGACUUACCUGUCGAAGGCGGCCGUCACUUACCUCCAGGACUUCCUGCCAAGCACCAGCUGCCUGAUGCAGUGAAAAAGCAAACUAAACACCUGAAGAGAUGGGUUUUAAAACUAAAGGAUCAUCUGACCAAAGGCAGGAAAGCCGUUCAUUAUCAGCUCAUAACAUUCACGUGGUGCUCGUGAGUAUUUACCCUCCAAUAAUCUCUGUAGCUCUCAUACACUGAUGUAACAUCGUAGCCUUGGCAGCUGAUUUCAAACCACUUUAUAAGAAUUAUGUUAUUUUUUUCUUUUUGUCAGUCUUGACUGUGAAGUUAUUUAUUACCUAAACAUGCUUCUCAAAUGUGCAUUUUCAGGACUUACUAACAUGCUUAACAAGAUAUAUGCACAUCUCCGUGCUCUUGGUGUUGUGUGUGAAAUUAUAAACAAUUAUCUGUCUCAUGAUUGAAUUUGUCAUACAUUUUAAUUCUGAAGAACCUGGUGGUUAUCAGAGAAAACAUUUUGAAAAUUUGUGCACAAAAAUUAUUAUUUACCGGAAGUCAGCCAUUUGUACUUUUAUU